CAUUCUUUUUAUUCUUGCAUUUGUGUGUAAACUUCUCAACCAACUCCUCCCUUUUAUACAUAACCAAUUUAUUGAAAACACUAAAGCACUCUCUUUCUUCGACUUACAUUAAGGGAGAGAAUGAGUAAAAGAGUAAAUCAUAUCCUUUGUGUGCGUGCUAGAAUGAGAACAAUAAAACCAAAACCAAGUGAGACAAGUAGUGGUCCUACCUUUGCUUCAACUUAUUUAACAUAGACUGCAAAAAGAAUUUCUCUCAGUUUAAUGGAAACUUUUAUUGUGAUAGUAGCUUGAGAUUUCAAAAAAAAAAAAGAUUUAAAAAAAUAAUAUUAAUAAACGCACAAUAAUACUUGUACAUACGUGUGUAACGUUAUUUUCGUGAAUAUUAAUAAAAAAGUAGCUUGAGUGUAAAUUAAAAAAGAAAAAAAUAUUAAAAAUAUGCCACGUCCUCUGAAGGAAAGCUAUGCAAAUCAAAAGCCGCCGUUUUCAUAUAUUUCAUUAACAGCUAUGGCUAUUUGGAGUUCGCCACAGAAAAUGUUGCCUUUAAGUGAAAUUUAUCGUUACAUAAUGGAAAAGUUUCCAUAUUUUCGCAAAAACACCAAAAAAUGGCAAAAUUCUUUGCGCCAUAAUCUUAGUUUUAAUGAUUGUUUUAUUAAAGUGCCUCGUAAUGCAGUUAGUAAAGGUGGAAAAGGCUCAUAUUGGACCUUACAUCCGAAAGCAUUCGAUAUGUUCGAAAAUGGAAGUUUAUUAAGGCGUCGAAAACGAUUUCGUGUAAAUAAAAUGGAAACAGAUUUUUUCGGUGCAGAAAUGGCCGCCUUAGCUCACUUUCAAAAUUACUUAGCAGCUCAAACUCAUCACCAACAGCAACAGCAGCAGCAUCUUCGUCACCAUCACCAACAAUGCCCAACAAUACCUGAAGGCGUGAAAGUAAUGUGGAAUAUGCCAGUAGCACCAGAAACAACAUAUCCAUCAACUUAUUCAAUAUCUAAUGACUCUAAUCUGUAUAAUCAACUGACGAUAGCAAAUGCGAACGUGGAUAAUCAAAACUUAAGCACCGACAACGAUAGCCCUAAUUCACCGCCAGUCCCCCGAAAUAUUGCGAUUAAUUUUGCUACUAGACCAAAGAGAUCGUUUACUAUAGAAAGUCUAAUUAGUCCAGAACCAAAUGCACACUUGAACUCUCAUAACGCUCCAACACCAACAAAUGCGGAUAGCGCAUUAUUGCAUUUACCCACAGCUAACAUUAAUGUAAAUAAUAUCAGUUGUACUGUAAAUAAUUUCAGUAGUUUCCAUCGUUUUAUCGCUGAUCCCUAUAUACUGCAACAACAUAUAACAUUUCUGCGGCAUCAGCAAGCAGUAGCAGCCGCAACCGCAGCUCAGCAUACCACUAACGUUAGUUUAAUUACCCAACAACAACAAAAACCGCAACUGUCAUAUAAUCAACAACAGCAACAGCAACUGAUGCAACCACGAAUUAGUGAACAGAAUCUAAUCAAUCCUUUUCUGGGGCCUUUGUCAGUAUUUUAA